AAAAAUGAGGAAGAAAAAUCACAACAAUAUCUGAGGCUGCAUCUCCGUGUGUGAUAUUUGUCUGAUAUCAAACGCCAACCAAUUUCUCGUAUGCUUAGUGUGGUUUCAAAUUCUUAUCUUCAGCUCAGCAUUUCUCUCUCCCUCUCUCUAACACUUGCAAUUGCAAAUGACUUCUGCUACUGCCCUCCAUCUCAGAUUGCUCGAAUGCUGUUGCGCAGCAACUAUCCCUAAAACUUCCAUAUCUAAACCCUCUUGCCCCUCGCUCUCUCUAAGGCAAAUCCACUUCCCUCACUCUUCAGUUCAGCUCAAAUCCAGGAAUUCGCCUCUCAGAAUCCUCCCAUUCGUCCCUCAGGCCUCCGAUUGGGCCGCCGGCGAUGAAGGGCUAGCGGCUACAGCCGUCGAAUCUUCUUCCUGGGAGAGCGCCGAUGAAAAUGCCGAGGGCGACGGCGGCGAGGAAUCCUUCGUUCAGCCGCCGGAGGAGGCGAAGCUCUUCGUCGGAAAUUUGCCCUACGACAUUGACAGUGAGAAAUUGGCCAAGCUUUUCGAUCAAGCUGGCGUUGUGGAGAUUUCUGAGGUGAUUUACAAUAGGCAAACGGAUCAAAGCCGAGGAUUUGGAUUUGUAACAAUGAGCACGGUGGAACAAGCUGAGAAGGCUGUUGAGAUGUUCAGUGGCUAUGAUAUAGGCGGAAGACUAUUGACGGUAAAUAAGGCGGCUCCUAGAGGUUCUCAGCCGGAAAGGAUUACUAGAACGUACGAGCCUUCCUUCAGGAUCUAUGUUGGUAACUUGCCAUGGCAAGUGGAUAAUGCUCGCCUCAUGGAGCUCUUCAGCGAGCAUGGCAAAGUCAUUGAUGCUAGAGUGGUAAUUGACAGGGAGACUGGAAGAUCGCGUGGAUUUGGUUUUGUCACGAUGUCGAGUGAGCCGGAAUUAAAUGAUGCUAUAGCUGCUCUUGAUGGACAGAAUUUGGAUGGCCGUGCAAUUAGAGUUAAUGUUGCAGAGGACAGACCGAGACGCACCUUCUAAAUGAAAUUCACUAUUUAUUUAUGUAUUUUUUUGUAUUAGUAACUUUGCCUUUAUGAGAGAUUUUUCUCCAUCUUCACCUCCAAUUUUGUUUUGAACUCUGAUCAUAUCAGACUCUUAGGUUAUUGUUCUUGUGAAAUUACUUAAUAUACAAGUUGAUUUUAUAGAUGUGAUGAAUUUUAUACCGUGCAAAA